CUGUGGCGAAACCAGCAGCCACACGCGCAGCCUAAGCGCUCUGUCUCUCUCUCUAUCUGUCUCUCUCUUUUUCUCCUCCUCUUUGAGAAUGGUCCACCCGGUGCCUGAGGUUCAGCUGUCGCGGCCUGCCGCCCGUGUCUGAUCUCUCACCCACACAUACGCGCGCUCAAUACUAAUCAUGAUGUGAGAGAUUUCAGAGCGGUAGGAUCCAGUCCAGUCAGGCACCCGGACUGCACGGGGGCGUGUGUGCGAGAGCGUAACUGUCUGCGAGAGGGAGAAGAGAGGGGAGAGAGAUGUUGACGCAGGUUUUCACUUCUGUCUGAGUGCGUCACUCUUCCGUGCCGCCAUGUAAGUAAACGCUGAACACGCUCUCACUGCAGAGAGUAACCUAUGGAUUGCAGGUCUGCUCGUCGGCUGCAUUGAAACGGAAUCAUGUAAGGAAGGAUUGCUUAAGAACAGGUGGGUACUGAGUAUCGUGCCCUCUCUUGCGUCUGCCGCUGCUUGGACCUGCUUAUAGUACCAGCCUCAGCUUUCCUGCCUGCUUGCUGCCCACAUCAGUGAAAGGACUGCUCGCACAACCCCACAAUCUCUGUGACCCCGAACGACCCCUACACAAACACACAGAGCUGAAGUGGGCACUGUUGAAUCAGCCAAUAAGAUUCAAGGAUUUUGCUUUGGGAUCCAUUACUGCAGUUCUCUUUUUCAUACAGUAGCAGCAACAUUUUUUUUUUCUCUUUUUGCUUUGGCCUGGUGUGCAUCGGCAAGGAAAGAGGAGCUUAAUGAUCUAAGAAGAAAAGGAACAUUCUCAGAAGGACAAACACAAGCACACCCAAAGCACUUUGGGAUAUUAGGGAUUGAAGUUUGCUUGCCACUAAAGCGUGUUGAGAUGGCGAUGAACAUGGCUCACAUGCGGGACACGAAAUGGCUGACGCUGGAGGUGUGUCGGGAGUUUCAGCGGGGAACAUGCGCUCGCUCCGAUGCUGAGUGCAAGUUUGCACAUCCCGCCAAGAGCUGCCAGGUGGAGAACGGGAGAGUCAUCGCGUGCUUUGACUCACUGAAGGGUCGUUGUUCCAGAGAGAACUGCAAGUACCUGCACCCUCCUCCUCACCUGAAGACACAGCUGGAGAUUAAUGGGCGUAACAAUCUGAUCCAGCAGAAGAACAUGGCAAUGCUCGCCCAGCAGAUGCAGCUAGCCAAUGCCAUCAUGCCAGGAAGUCAGCUUCAGCCAAUGCCUAUGUUUUCGGUCACGCCAAGCCUUGCAACCAACGCCAGUGCAGCUGCUGCAGCGGCCGCCGCGGCUGCGUUUAAUCCGUACCUGGGCCCAGUGUCUCCUGGGCUGAUGCCUGCAGAGAUCCUGCCCAGCGCACCUGUGCUGAUGGCGGGCAGCCCUGCUAUGCCGUCUGCUGCCAACGCCGCAGCUGCUGCUGCUUCAGCAGCGGCCGCCCAGAAACUCCUCCGAACCGACCGACUGGAGGUGUGUCGUGAAUACCAGCGUGGCAACUGCUCUCGUGGAGAGACGGAUUGCAGGUUUGCUCACCCUGCUGACAGCACAAUGAUCGACCCCGGUGAUAACACAGUGACGGUGUGUAUGGAUUACAUAAAGGGCCGCUGCUCCAGAGACAAGUGCAAAUACUUCCACCCUCCUGCUCACCUGCAGGCCAAGAUCAAAGCGGCCCAGCACCAGGUCAAUCAGGCCACGGCCGCCGCUGCCAUGACUCAGUCGGCUGUCAAAUCACUGAAGCGACCCCUCGAAGCCACCUUUGACCUGCAGGGAAUUCCUCACAGUGUCAUGCCACCUUUACCAAAGCGACCUGCGCUUGAGAAAGCCAACGGUGCCACGAGCAUGUUCAGUCACGGCAUGCUCCAGUACCAGCAGGCUUUGGCCAACAUGCAGUUUCAGCAGCAAGCUGCCUUUAUUCCGUCAGGCUCAAUAUUGUGCAUGACCCCUGCAGCGAGUGUGGUUCCCAUGAUGCACGGCGCUUCCCCGGCCGCUGUGUCCGCAGCAACCACAUCUGCCACAAGUAUUCCCUUCGCAUCUGCAUCAGCCAAUCAGGACUCUUCUCUAUCAAAGCUGACUACCAACGAAUACAUGCAAUUGAUUCCAAUAAUAUCUGCAGAGCAUCUGACUAGUCACAAGUACUUGACACAGAUGUAGUUCCAGUCCACAACAAUCAAAGGAAUGCGCUGUUGCCCCGGACAAAAGGCAAACAAACAAAAUAUUUUUUUUUUACGUCAAGAUCACCACCGGAUAGAAUAUAAAAUGAGGAUAAGAAUUUGGUCAUAUUUCAUAGUAGGGUUUUACCGGGGUGAAACUGAAUGUCCUUCCACAUGAUGUAUAGAAUUUGAGUGAACUACAUCAUUAUGUCCCAAAGGAUGGCAUUUUUACUCUCAAGUCGGAUUAGUAGAAAAAGUUAUUUUCAUGUCUGACUCAACACCGUUUUGGCAUGUUAGUAGACCAAGAGAUAUUUUUUGUGAUACACACCUUGAUUUUCUUGAUUUGUCUGAAGGUUUACAAAGUUACAAAAGGUGCACCUUAAAUCGAAAAGCUAAUCAAACGUCAAAAUGGCACAAAACAUCCUGCAAAAUAAUUAAUCGUAUGUAGUUUUCUCUAUCUUUAGUUCUGGCUUCUACAACUAGAUUGUAAGCGCAGAGUCGAGAUUGACAGAUGAAUGUUUUGGGUAGAAACUGAUCACCUGAGACUUUUCAGAAGCACAUUCUUGCAAGCUUUAUGUACCAUAACCACCGGCUGAAUACCAGACACGGAUCGAGAGUGUUAUAUCAACAGUGUUAUUAUGUUUACCAGAGAUUCAUGUUUUUACAGCGCUUGUUUUUAUACAUAAUUGUUUGGGUUUUUUAUGAAACGUGCCAUUUUUAUUUGUUGAUCAUUCUUCAUUAGGCCUUGUAGAACUAUGAAGCCUUUUUGACUCCUAUGAGAACAGGGUUGCCUUGUUCCUAAUGCCCUGUUUCUUUAUAUUGCCUUGAUCGAGAGAAUGAGAGUCACGUUAGAAAACGUCAAGGUAGCGUAGAUUCGGCAGUCGCAUGUGGAAACAGAGCGAGUGCGUUCCAGUCUUUACCGUAACGGUGUGAGGACUUUAAAAUUCAUGCUUGAGUGUUUAGUUACAGAUAGUGAGUUUGAGACUAGGUACACGGAAAGAUGAGAUUAGUGUUGGGUCAGGGUUUGUCUUCAGUUCUCAUCUGUGUUGAUUUUGAGUUGUUUUUGAAUAGUACAUGACCGCUGGAUGACGUAAAAGAGUAACGAAGAAUAUAAUGAGAUGUUUUUAACAUUAAGUUGUGCCAAAGUCUUUGUUCCUCUUUUGAUUUUUUUAUUUAAAUAUGUUUUGACUGGUUAUAUUGAUCACGGAAGUUGUGUAGCUUCGUUUUACAAACAAGGCUGCUUGUAAACCAGGAAAUAGAUGAUCAUUCAAGGUACCCAAGUUACUGGCGAGGGUUUUAGCGACACAACUAAACUCGAGAUGAAAAGAAUCUGGAUUUCAGCUUGGUUUAGGUGCACAGACUUGAAAGGAUGCACACCAUUGCCGUUUCCUCACUUAACGCCUUAUAUUUCAGUGUUUGAACCCACACAAACAUUCUCUCAAUCACAAAUGGGAAAUUACAGCGGAUUCGAUUUUAUUCUUCACAUUUAUUUUACAUGUAUAUUAAUCAUUUUACACUUAACGUUCACUCUUUCAAAGCCUUUGUUAGAAAUAUAUUGUGUUGUUUGCAUAUAAAGAUUUUUUUUUAGAACUGUUUUAGAAUGUAGGAAAUUAAUUAUUGUUUAUCACUUUAUUUUACAUCAUGUUAAAUUCAUAAUGUUUAGCUAGUAGUGUUGUAUUCUUUAUUCUUUAUGUUAGCUUUCAUUGUAGAAUGUUUGAAAUUUCAAGGAAUUUGGUUUUGAAUUUAUUGAACAAAAUGUUUUAUCUUGUCUUAAAAAGAAAGAGUAAAGUGACAGAAAGAGAUAUUAUUUGUAACUACGGUAAGGUUGAUAUUUUAACCCUUUAUUUUGUGUCGAAUUAAGACCACAUCUACACUUAGCUGGUUAAAGUAUCAAUUGUAUAUGCUCGAGUAAAAGAAGUUAUUUUCUACUGUAUGCAUUUCAGAAUAAAAAAAAAAUCGUCUUGUAAUAUUUAAAAAAAAAAAAAAAAAAAAAAACAGAUCCCUCAAUGUCAGGCCAUAAUUUGCAGCAACUUUGCUCCAGAUAUUUCUGAAUAUUUAAAAAUGUAAAACAAAGGAGGGAGGUCACAGGGUCGGGCCUCGAGCUGCAAACGAGAGAGAGAGCCAUAACUUAAGGGACGAAGGUUGACUUUUUGCACUUCUGUACAUAGUCAAUAUAAAGAAAAGAAAAGGAACAUGUAUAAUAUUGAGAUCUUAUUUUGAAUAAUAAAAGAUUCUAUAACUAUGAGAAAUUUUCUUAGGAUAAUUUAAGAAUCAGAGUAAUAUUCCAGCUAACAAAUGAUGCUUGCAGAAAUAUGGCACAGCUCUUAUAUUAUCAUUUCCGGCCAUCACGUUCAUAAAAAAAUAAAAUAAAAAUAAACCUCUGCGUUGCCUGCAUACAGUACUAUACCGACACGACCGAGAGUCAAAAAUUGGCAGUACAUAACAAAAAGAUACUACACCUUCAAAAACACAGUAUUUGUCGUAUGAUGGACAUAAAUAACUGCAUGAAGAAGAAAAAUUUACAGAGUAAAAAAUUCUCAUAAUAGAUAAGUACGUAGAUAAGUUACCAUAACUAUCAUUGCCACAGCAUUGUGUAAAUCAAGUACCUCGAUCGAUAUCUGAGCCUGAAUUGAGGCACGUUCACUGAUAAUCCAUUCGAGUAUAACCGUAAGAACAGUACAAUUAUUAAAAAGGCCUUCAAACCGACUCUAGAUGCUAGCAAAAGACGUCCACUUAACACAACAACAGUUGCUUUGUUACUUGUUAACGUGCCUUCAGCAGGGAAAGGACACCAACCACACACAAA